AUGGUCUCCAAAACGGAAGAUAGAGAAAAAUAUCGCCGGUUACGGCUCGGCGUUGGAGAUGAUCUUGAGAAUGGAUUUAAGACCCUCUUGUUUCUUAUAAAAAAUCCGGAGAUUGCCGAAUAUGUUCGUCAUCUAGAAGUCCAUGGGCGUCGAAGUGUAUCGCAUGGCCACAAUUUUGAUUUUAAUAACCCACCUGAUAACCCUCGGGAGCUGGAGCUGAACGAUCUUAGGAGAUUAGAGUCAGCCAUUAAGACAGCUGGGUUUACAGAUGAAAAUGAGCCACAAUUGGUGCUACAUAUGCUGCUCCAACCAUCCGGAAGAGACUUACGGGACUCCUCUCACUUGUGCCAUAUGGCCUUCAAACAAGCCCUUGCAGCGCUGCUGAUUGCUAUAUCACCGCAGCUACAGUCCCUUGCUGUAUUUCAUGUCGGAGAACCUAGUUCCGAGACUAAAAGUUUUGCUCUCCUCACUAUGCUCCGUCGCGCAAACAGGAACUCUGAGUCGAUUCCUUAUCUACAGAACCUCAAUCGGAUUAUUUUUCUACCUGACGACUGUUCCGUGGGUAAUGAUGGCUUUUGGUACAAUACCGCUGAAGAUUAUCAUCAUCGACUAAACUUGGUGCGACGACUUCCAGCGCUGAAGUCCGUGUCUUUCAGUUUAGCCUCGUGGAACAAUGAGGCCGGCUUGCCUCCUCCGCCAAAGUCCGCAAAUUACAGCGAUAUCAGUUUUACCCACUCAAAUUUAGACGAGUCUGAGAUGUGCUACAUCAUCAAUUCCUCUAAGGCCCUGCGCAAAUUUACAUACACUAUUGGUGGGCGUGCUCAACCAGAGGGAGGCAAGGCAUCUGUGACUCUUACACCCAUUGCAAGAUGUCUUUGGAGACACCGUCAUUGUCUAGAGGAACUUGAUCUAGAUGUUGAAGACAAUGUCUCUUGGGGUGAAUUAUAUGGCAACGAGGGCAUAGAGUCUACUGAAGGAUUCGAUGUGGAUGAAGAUACAGAGUACGAAGAAUUAUGGGAAGAAGAGAUGAGCGAGCUCGAUAUGAAACUUGAAACAGCACCACGAAACAUCUCUCUAGCGGAUUUCUCAGACUUGAGAAGCCUGAGCCUAGGUGUUCAUACACUCUGUUUUCUGGCAAGAGGAAUAGGUCCAGAUCGGCUCGAUGCUGAGUCAUUCUCUCUAGUGCAUACCUUGCCAGCCUCGUUGCAAAGCAUACGGCUUUAUGGAAAAGGAGAAGAGGGUGACCCAAUAUUGGGCGGGAGAAAUUACCCACCUGACCUGAAUGUUGAUUCUCUUUUGGAAAAGUUGGUGGCUGAUAAAGAUGCAAGAUUGCCACUGCUGAGAACAAUCGAAGGCUUUGACCCUGUCAUUCCACGAGCAAAAGAGGUCCCGGAAUACGCGGACGAGGAUCAUCCACUUCUUUGGCAGCAGCCCGAAGGAUGGUUAGUUGAUUAA